AUGCAGCAGACAGACCAGCCUGGAGAAGAAUGUCAGCUUCUUCUGCGACAGACUCCCCCCUACGAUGAAGACUUCGUCAAGGGACGAGUACAGAGUAAGAAUUUAAACAAUAUAGCACACAUCAAAGUUAUUGAAUUACCAUUGAUGCAGCACUUGUCAUAUCGGCCUACGUACCUCCCGUUGGCAAUACCAGAGGACCUUGCAAUAAAUUUAAUCCGUGUACACAGAAACCCGUCAGUGUGGUGGGUCGGACAGUUCGUUACAUAUCUUACAAGACCAAAUCAAAAAUUGCAAAAAUACUUCCAACAACGUCAAGAAAAAUUAGUAUUCCAGCGACCAGUUGUUGGAAUACAUGUUAGAAGAACAGACAAAGUUACUGAAGCUGAUUAUCUUCGUCUGAAGGACUAUAUGGAACAUGUCGAUAAAUGGUUCAACAUGCACUUGAAGAAUCUUUUCCAGUCACGAUAUAUAUAUCUCGCUACAGAUGAUCCAGACGUUCUGAAAGAAGCCGAAAAUAAAUACGCAAAUUACACAUUUCUAUAUGACGUAGAAGCGUCCACAAUUGCAAAACGUACAAGAUACACGGAAGCAUCUCUAAAAGGGAUUUUGUUUGAUGUUCAUAUGUUGUCUUUAUGCGACUUUGUGAUCUGUACAAUGUCGUCCAAUGUUUGUAGACUCGUCUACGAACUUAUGCAGUUACGAGAUGGGGAGGCGUCUAGCCGUAUUUUAUCCUUAGAUAUCGACUACUAUUUUAAUCGAAAAGGUUAUGUGAAAAUGAAAAGGUUUGUGCAAAGCUUUAAACAGACUGGUACAUCUACGAUCAACAUGGAAGGAUUCGCUCUCGUAAAUGACAAGAGAUCUAAUCCGUCAAUGCCAAUAUUUACAACUGAUAAUAAGAGCAUGCGAGUUGCAAUGCCGGUGUAUUCCGAAAGAAAAUAA